AUGAAAGAGUUGGCAAAGUUAAUUUGUUUCAUUUUCUUUACGUUUCUAUUGAGUGAAGUUAAGUGCAAAACAUGGGGGAGUUUUUACAAAGAAAUCUACAGAGGACCACCACCACCUAGCCCUAAGAGCAAUCCCAGAGUUGUUAGAGAAGGAUGGAUAGAGCAGUUAGUAGAUAAUUUUGACGAAUACAAUAAUGCAACAUAUCAAAUGAGAUACUUGGCUAACGAUGAAUUUUAUCAACCUGGUGGGCCUAUCUUCAUCUUUGUCGGAGGAGAAUGGGAAAUAACACCAGAUUUUGUAAUUGGUGGCCAUAUGUAUGAUAUGGCAAAAGAAAUGAAUGGAUAUCUCUUCUAUACUGAGCAUAGAUUUUACGGACAAAGUCGACCUAGUCCUGAUACAUCCUACGAAUACCUUCAAUAUCUCCACAUCAAUCAAGCUCUUGCAGACCUAGCUCACUUUAUCCGAACUAUGAAACAAGAAAUUCCCGGAGCUUCUAGUUCAGGCGUUAUCCUUGUCGGAGGAUCCUAUUCAGCUACAAUGGUUACGUGGUUUAGGCAAAAGUAUCCAGAACUGGUUAAUGGAGCUUGGUCUUCAAGUGCACCGCUUCUAGCUCAAGCAGACUUUGUGGAAUACUUCGAAACAAUCGGUCAGUCAAUAAGAACUGUUGGUGGUGAUGCCUGCUAUAACGCCAUUGAAGGAGCUUUCCGAGAAAUGGAACGCUUAGUUGAAGACGAAGAUUUUGAGACACUAGCUGAAAAAACGAAUAUGUGCUCAACUCUAGAAAAUAAUCCGGAUAACAUUGCAGUUUUCUUCGGAACUGCUGCUAUUUUUAUUGCACCUUUAGUUCAAUAUCAUCGGCCAGGUGACAUUGAAUGGGCUUGCGCAACAAUAAUGGGACAAGAGAGUAAUAUUGAGGGUUAUGGAGAAUUUAUAAGACAAACCAUUGGGGUUUGUUGGGAUGCUGAUUACGACGAAGCUAUUCAGUACUAUGCGAAUACUGAAUGGUCUCCUGAUAUCUCAAGACAAUGGUUGUAUCAAACUUGCAACGAAUUCGGUUGGUUUCAGACAUCUGGAUCUCCUGAUCAACCUUUCGGAUCAAUGUUUCCCGUUGAGAUGAACUUCCAAAUAUGCCAUGAUGUUUUCGGUGAUAGCUACUACAACGAAUCCAUCAACUACAACAUUUACAUAACUAAUCUGAACAACAAUGGACUCAAUCCGGUCAUUACGAACGUUUAUUCAACGCACGGACAACUGGACCCAUGGCGACCAAUGGGAGUACAAGAGAAUGUUAAUUCUUUCGCUUCUGUUGUCGUCAUUCCAGGGGCUUCACAUUGUAUGGAUCUGUACUCAAUAAGCCCUGAUGAUAGCCCCGAAAUGAUAGCCAGUAAGCAGAGAACAACAGCCCUCGUACGACAGUGGUUGAUGAUAUUCUAAUUAUUUUAUGUAUUCAAAUUAAACAAAAAUCAAUUGAUCAUUCCUGCUUUAUCAACGAACAUUCUACAACCAAAAUCAGACCUUCCGGUUAAUAAAACUUACAAUUCAUUGAUGUUGCUAUUUUUGUAAAAUCAUAAUCAACUCAUUAUCAAACAGGAAAAUAAAUCUUCUGUAUGUAUUUCCCCCCAAUUUACAAUCAAUCCGUCGUCUUAAGAGCUACUGUUUCGAUAAGAUUACCCGAUAGCAUUGGUAUAAAAGGCCACGUUAUUCAAUCAACAUCCGCCAGUUGGAGAGUUUCAGUGAAGUUAAAAUGAAGACCACACCGGGAGUUUUGUGCCUAGUUCUAUUAGCAUUUGGAUUAAGUGAAGUGCUUUGCAAUCCAUUUAAGGUUUUGGAGGAUCUGCACAGAGAACCUCCACCGCCUGCACCUAAAAGUGAUGCAAGGGCCGUUAGGGAGGAAUGGAUUGAACAGCAGCUUGAUAAUUUCGAUGAAUACAACAAUGCCACGUUUCAAAUGCGCUACCUGGCCAAUGAUGAAUUCUACCAACCUGGUGGGCCUCUAUUCAUCUACGUAGGGGGCGAAUGGUCAGUUUCACCUGGAUGGAUCCUAGGUGGGCACAUGUUUGACAUGGCAAGAGAGAUGAAUGGGUACAUGUUCUACACUGAGCACAGAUACUACGGUCAAACACGUCCUACGGAAGAUUUAUCUUUUGCAAAUCUCCAAUAUCUUCAUGUCAAUCAAGCUCUUGCAGAUCUGGCUCAUUUCAUUCGAACUAUGAAGCAAGAAAUUCCCGGAGCUUCUAGUUCAGGCGUUAUCCUUGUUGGAGCUUCGUAUUCCGCAACAAUGGUUACGUGGUUUAGGCAGAGAUAUCCGGAAUUGGUUAAUGGAGCUUGGUCUUCAAGUGCACCACUCUAUGCAAAAGCAGACUUUGUGGAAUACUUUGAAACUGUUGGCCAAUCAAUAAGGAUUGUCAGUGGAGACGAUUGCUACAAUACAAUUGAAGGAGCCUUCCUUGAAAUGGAACGUCUAGUGGAAAUUGGAGACUUUGAAACUCUCUCCAAUAAAAUGUACCUCAGUCCACCUUUGACAAACAAUCCCGACGACAUUAUGUACUUCUUCAACAGUCUCUCAGGCCUGCUAGCUGGGGUAGUUCAAUACCACUGGCCAGGAGACAUUGAACGAUCCUGCGAAGUUAUUAUGAGUGGAGAAACGGACAUUGAUGGAUUUGCUGAAUACACAAGACAGAGAUAUGGGGGAAGUUGGUCAUCAAACUAUGCCUCCUUUGUGGACUAUUAUCGCUACACUGGAUGGACAUCAGGAAUAAUGCGUCAAUGGCUCUUCCAAACUUGCAACGAAUAUGGUUGGUACCAAACUUCAGGAUCCCCCGAUCAACCUUUCGGUUCGAGCUUCCCAAUUGAAUUCUACUACCAAUGGUGCCACGAUAUCUACGACGAAAGCUUCUACAACGAGUCCAUCAACUACAACAUCUAUGUAACUAAUCUCGACCACAAUGGCAUGUAUCCCAUCAUUACGAACGUCUACUCAACGCACGGACAACUGGACCCAUGGCGACCAAUGGGAGUGCAAACAAAUGUUAAUUCCUUCGCCCCUGUUGUCGUUAUUCCCGGAGCUUCACAUUGUAUGGAUUUGUACUCAAUCAGCCCCAGUGAUACUCCCGAAAUGUUGGCCAGUAAACAGAGAACAACAUCCCUCGUAAGGCAGUGGUUGAUGAUCUUUUAAUUCAAGUACGAGAUAAGACAGCUAUCGUUAGAUAGCUUUAUCACGUACUUCAAAAUUGAAAGGAAAAGAUAAGAUUUCUUUUUUUUUAAAUCGAAACUGAAUUCUAAGAAAAUUUGGCGAAAAUAAAGAUUGAGAAAGUUUUCUACAUAAAAA